UCCGUCCGGGGGGAGAGAGAGAGAGAGAGAGAGAGAGAGAGAGAGCCCACACCGCAUAGCGUUACUGCCGGGGCUUAACCGUAAUCACAUUCACGGUCUUUUUCUAACGGAUGUCUCCUCCUGUGCCACCUUUUGACACCGGACGGUGCUCUCGCAGCCGCGUUCACCGUGAGAAAGCCCUCAUCCCCGGCUCGGGUUUAGAGGUUUGUGUCGACGCCACGGAGAGGACCACACUCCCCCCAUCGUUAGCUCGCUAAGCUAGCUAGCCCGCUAACUUAGCUGCGAUACUUUGAACCGUAUCGGCGUCAGUUUUCUGCCUCGUAGCUAGCCUGCGGUCUCUUGCGCCACAGCGGUGGAUUGAGGAGCCCUGUCACUCUAGGAGCAUGUUUGAGUGACGAGCGAAGGAGGAAGUGGGAUCUCUGACGCUCCGCCCCCUCUGCUGGUGGAGCACCCUGCACAUCUGACCAGAGACCCCUUUAGUCAUUUUGACAGAAUGCGGAGGUUUGCCUACUGUAAGGUGGUUUUGGCCACCUCUCUGGUGUGGGUGAUGCUGGACAUGUUUAUUCUGCUCUACUUCAGCGAGUGCAACAAGUGUGACGACAAGAAGGAGAGAGGACUGCCCGGGAGACAAGAUGCCCUGAGCAGGCCGCGGGACGGGCCCGGUGAAGGGGGGAAGCCUGUGGUGAUCCCGAAGGAGAACCAGGACAAGAUGAAGGAGAUGUUCAAGAUCAACCAGUUCAACCUCAUGGCCUCUGAGAUGAUUGCUCUCAAUCGGUCACUGCCUGAUGUUCGCCUGGAAGGAUGCAAGAACAAGUUGUACCCCGAUAAUCUUCCUCGUACCAGCGUGGUGAUUGUGUUUCACAACGAGGCGUGGAGCACGCUGCUAAGAACCGUCCACUCUGUCAUCGACCGCUCUCCACACACUCUGCUGGAGGAGAUUGUCCUGGUGGACGAUGCCAGCGAGAGAGAUUUCCUAAAGCGACCGUUGGAGCAGUACGUCAGAAGGCUGGAAGUCCCCGUCAGAGUUGUGAGGAUGGACCAGCGGUCCGGACUUAUUCGCGCUCGCCUCAAGGGAGCCUCCAUCUCCACCGGACAGGUCAUAACCUUUCUGGAUGCUCACUGUGAAUGCACAACAGGGUGGCUGGAGCCUCUGCUCGCCCGCAUCAAGCAAGACAAGAGAACGGUGGUGUGCCCCAUCAUCGACGUGAUCAGCGAUGACACGUUUGAGUACAUGGCAGGAUCCGACAUGACGUACGGGGGCUUCAACUGGAAGCUGAACUUCCGCUGGUACCCCGUACCCCAGAGAGAGAUGGACCGCCGCAAAGGAGACCGCACACUUCCUGUCAGGACUCCCACCAUGGCAGGCGGCCUGUUCUCCAUAGACCGAGAUUAUUUCCAGGAGAUCGGCACGUAUGACGCAGGCAUGGACAUCUGGGGUGGAGAGAACCUGGAAAUCUCUUUCAGAAUUUGGCAGUGCGGUGGGACGCUAGAGAUUGUCACAUGCUCUCACGUGGGCCACGUGUUCAGAAAGGCAACACCCUACACGUUUCCUGGAGGGACGGGACAGAUCAUCAACAAAAACAACCGACGCCUGGCAGAAGUCUGGAUGGACGAGUUUAAAAACUUCUUCUACAUCAUCUCUCCUGGUGUGACCAAAGUGGACUACGGUGACAUCACGUCUCGUACGGCUCUGAGGCAAAAGCUUCAAUGUAAACCCUUCAGCUGGUACUUGGAGAACGUCUACCCUGACUCUCAGAUACCCAGACACUAUUACUCCCUGGGAGAGAUCCGUAAUGUGGAGACAAACCAGUGCUUGGACAACAUGGCCCGCAAAGAAAAUGAGAAAGUCGGCAUUUUUAACUGCCACGGCAUGGGAGGCAACCAGGUUUUCUCUUACACGGCCAAUAAGGAGAUCAGGACGGACGACUUGUGUCUAGACGUGUCCAAGCUAAACGGACCCGUCAUGAUGCUCAAGUGCCAUCACCUCAAAGGCAACCAGCUCUGGGAGUACGACCCUGUGAAGCUGACCCUGAUCCACGUCAACAGUAACCAGUGUCUGGACAAGGCCAGCGAGGAGGACAGCCAGGUGCCCAGCGUCAAAGACUGCUCACACACACGCUCCCAACAGUGGCUACUCCGCAACGUCACACUACCAGAGGUCUUCUGACCACACUCCGCACAGUCACAAACACACACACUCACACACACAGCGGCCCAGAGUAAGCAAUCAGGGGAACAGACGUGUUUAUUAAAAUUGGGCACCAGGAAAGAAGAAACUUCCCACAAGUGGAUUCGGGAAGACGAGAGGAGGACGGAUUGGACGGUACUACCUCUGCCAGAGAUCAGAGGGAGGAGUGUGUUUGAGCCUCCUCGGAGCGAGGAAAGAGGAAAGACUCCCUCUAGGAGACGAUGGCUGUUGUUUUACAUUUGUUUCUUGUUUUUUUAAAAGAGAUUUUAACCGCAGAGAGUGACUCACUCGCUCGCUGGGCGCAAUUAAAGAGACUGGCCAGUGGAGACGAGGUUUGCACUCACAGCGUCCCUGGACAAAGCAGUCCGCCCUUCAACUCAUCACUUAACGUUUACUGACUGCCUCUUAUGAGAGUGUGUGCACUUACAUGUGUGUGUAAAUGGACGUGUGUAUGCGCAGAUGAAUGUAUGCUUUGAGAAGGGGACUGAAUUCCUUGUUGAUUUCUUUUUUUAAUUUAAUUUUGUAAUGGAUUUUAAAAAUGAAAACUCUAUGAAGAAGGGUGCAUGUGUAAGUGUGUGUGAGUGUUGUGUGUGUGUGUGUGUGUGUGUGUGUGUGUGUGUGUGUGUGUGUCAGAGCCCCUCCUACAGUGUUGCAGCAGUGUCUGUCUCCCUCUGGUGUUACUCCUCAGCAUCUCAUUCUACAGACUGAGGCCUCCUCGCCGAGGGAUUUCCACGGGACUGCACAUUAAAAAAAAAAAAACGAACAUGAGGACUUCUGACGUCUGCCAUCCGCAGAGA